AUGGGCGCCCUCAGGAACGCGGCACUCUUCGUGCUGGCUGUCUCCUUCACCGUCUUCGUCGCCUUCUUCGGCCGACUACCGGCUCUGAGACAUACGCCCAUUGCAACGAUGCAUAGAAUAAUGUGGAUCCAUAUUCCAAAUGGCUUCCUUGCUGUAGACAAACUCAUAACGGGAGGGAGGUUCUCGACUUCCAUGAUACGCUUUGGCAACUUCAUGAUGCAUGACCGGCAUCCCACCGUCGUCAUAUUCUUCCUGCUCAUCCUCUCUGUUUCGGAAUACCUGUAUCUCCCAGGAGCGUGGCCCCAGAUUUCCUUCUUCCACAAGAUCAUAGGCUGUGUCGUCAUCUUCUUCCCCUACUGGUUUCUCUACCUGUCCGUCAUGGCCGACCCGGGCUACAUCACGGCCGAGAAUCACGCCUACUACAUGUCUCUCUACCCCUACGACUACUCAAUCUUCUACCCCGGACAGAAAUGCAGCACCUGCAACCUCAUCAAGCCACCCCGGUCCAAGCACUGCAGCAUCUGCAAACGCUGCGUCGCAAAACUCGACCACCACUGCAUCUUCAUCAACGGCUGCGUCGGCUACAAGAACCAGCACUACUUCGUCCUGCUCCUCCUGUCCACCGCCAUCCUAACCUCGUACGGCGGGCUCUUGGGCUUCUCCCUCCUCUCCAACAAGAUCGCCUCCAACUACCCUCAAUGGGCGCUGUGGCCGCCAAAGGGCAUGGAGAUCAAGGAGUACCUCCUCAUCUGGAGCUGGGCCCUGCAGGACAACGUCGGCAUGGGCGCCGUCACCCUCCUCGCGGCCAUGACCUCCCCUUUGGUCUGGGGCCUGCUUUCCUACACCUUUUGGCUCAUCUACUGCGGCACCACGACCAACGAGUCGCUAAAGUGGUCCGACUGGAAGGCCGAGAUGGACGACGGCUGCGCCUUCAAGCGCGGCAUGCCCGCGAACCGCGUCAGAGACAAGCGCUUCGAGCCGGAGAGAACGCGCUGGCCGCUCCAGACGCAGCAGGUGUUGACGAGGACCGAAGACGGUAUGCCGCCUCCGGACCACGGGCCUGGCGAUGGUGAGUGGGAACGCGUGUGGAAUCUGAAGGAUGUCGAAAAUCUAUACGAUCUGGGGCUGUGGGAUAACUUGGCGGAUAUUUUUGUGUCGAACUACGACUUUAACGUCAAACGAGACCAGCCGUCUGUGGAGGCCAUGGGGCGACAGAGGCAUUCGCCCAAAGCCUGA